AUGGCGCAACUGAUUUGGACUAGUACGCUAUUCACAACUAAUGCUAGAGAAUCAGCUCAUGCGAAUAUUAACAGAAAUGGGUGUAAUUUAUCUUUAUUGGCUGCAAUUACCAAAGCCAAAGAAUUUGACAAACUUCAAUGGAGUUCAGCUUAUACGUACAAAAAAGCAAACGUACCAGAAUCUUAUAGGGAUAAAUCACCCUUACAAAGAACUAUAAAAUCGGUUAAAAAAACUAUUACCAGUGAAUCGAUUAACAUUGAAGAACAAGAAAGAAUUUUAAGAAUCGAAAAUAAAAAGCUUGCCAUUCAAAAAAACAAAAAUGAUGAGUUGGAAAAGGAAAUAAUGUUAUGA